UGCAGCUGCACCUGGGACUGCAUCAUCGCACUGAAUUUUGGGUGGUGCCCCCCAAGCUAAAUUCACUAGCAUCCGAUGAGCUCCCGUUACCUUAUCGAUUAACCAAAGCCGGACUUACUUAGCUCUCAUACACAAUAGCUUCAUCUCAGAGAGCCGUAUCCAGCGAACUCUGAGCUCUCCCAGGCCACUUGGCUCCAGAGCGGUUCACAGCAUCAAGAUGAGCGGCGGUUGGAAUACUAUCGAGUCUGAUGCGGGUGUCUUCACCUACCUGCUGGAGAACCUCGGCGUCAAGGAUGUGCAGUUCGAGGAGCUCUUGUCGCUUGACCCGGACGCACUGGCCCAACUCUACCCCGUCUACGGCGUAAUCUUUCUCUUCAAGUUCCCCACCGACACCCCGUAUAGAGCAGGCGACAAGCCGCUCGACGGCUCCUUCGACCAAGAUGCCUCGGAACGCCUCUUUUUCGCUGCCCAGACCAUCCAGAACGCCUGUGGCACCCAGGCGCUGCUGAGCGUCCUUCUCAACAAGACGGGCGACAACACAACCGCAACCGCCGACGCGGACACGGCCACCAUCGACGUGGGGCCGCACCUGCGCGACUUCCGCGAGUUCACCAUGGCGCUGCCCCCCGAGUACCGGGGCGAGGCGCUGUCCAACUCGGAGCUGAUCCGGGACGUGCACAACAGCUUUGCCAAGAGCAGCCCCUUUGCCGAUGAGACGCAGCGGCAGCCCGACGAUGAGGACGCCGCCGCCUUCCACUUCAUCGCCUACACCCCCAUCGACGGCGUCCUGUACGAGCUCGACGGCCUGCAGCCCGCCCCCAUCAGCCACGGCCCCUGCGCCCCGGACGAGUUCCCCCUCAAGGUCAUGGACGUGCUGCAGCGCCGUAUCGCCCGCUACGACGCGGCCGAGAUCCGCUUCAACCUGCUCGCCAUGGUGCGCGACCUGCGCAUCCGUGCGCGCGAGAUUGGCGACGCGGAGCUGCUCGCCCGCGAGGAGCGCAAGCGCAGGGACUGGCAGUUUGAGAACGCCCUGCGGAGGCACAACUUUGUGGGGUUUGCCGGCGAGGUACUCAAGGGCGUAGUUGCGGCCAAGCUCAAGGAAGGGGACGGAGCGUACGAAAAGUGGAUCGACCAAGCCACGCAGAAGAUUAAGAGGAGGGCAGAGGAGCGCAAGAAGGGUAGAGGCGGUGAGGAUAUUGAGAUGAGGGGAUAGGGAUAGGAGAAGAAGGGAGGCCUACUUUGAAAGGGGACCUUGGGGGAGGAUACUUUGAAAACAGGGGCAAGUUCGGGUGAAUUGGUUCCCUAUCCAUAAUCACGAACAUUGGGAGCCGGUAUAGUCUGGGAGUAGUUGUGACGGCACAAACGACCAGACUUCUUGUGAGGAUACUGACUGGAAUCGGGAAAGUCUGCACCGCCAUGUGGAGAGCUGCUUGUUUUGGUUCCGAGGCUAUGAUCUUACCCGCCUUGAUUUCCGAAAGCCAUGUGAAUCACUCCGUACACUCUGGUCAACCGUGGAUAUUCACCAUCAACGUCUGCUGGCAACCACAAUGA